AUUUUUAGGUUCGUUUUUAUGCAACUUUCAGUGUCAAACAUUGGUCGCUUUACAUGACUUCUGACCGACUGUCACCAGCCAAACCCCUCCGUAUUUUUUUUUUUUGUUGUUGUAUCUCUUCCUCAUGCGGAACCCGUAAUACUAAUUGGAGACCUCACUGUCAGUAAAAGGAUGCAGCAGCAGGAGCGCCUGCUCAAAGUCCUGGUCAUCGGAGACCUCGGAGUCGGCAAGACGUCCAUCAUCAAGCGCUACGUGCACCAGGUGUUCUCCCAGCACUACCGAGCCACCAUCGGGGUCGACUUCGCCCUCAAGAUGCUCAACUGGGACCACAAGACGAUGGUGAGGCUGCAGCUGUGGGACAUCGCCGGGCAGGAGCGCUAUGGGAACAUGACCCGUGUUUACUACAGGGAGGCGGUGGGGGCCCUCGUUGUCUUCGACAUGACCCGACUGUCCACGUUUCAGGCUAUCAUCAAGUGGAAAGGAGACCUGGACUCAAAAGUCGCUCUUGGCAAUGGGAGGUCAGUUCCGGCGGUUCUAUUGGCCAACAAGUGUGACCAGCGGCGUCAUGGUUUGUGCCCCAAGCUGCCCAAACUGGAGAACUUCUCCAGAGAGUACGGAUUUGUCGGCUGGUAUGAAACCUCUGCAAAGGACAACACCAACAUUGAUGCUGCCAUCACCUGCCUGGUGAAGAACAUCAUGUCCGUGGAGGAGGAGAGAGAAUCGAGUGACGCCGCCAGAAACGACCCUGACGGCGGAAUUCUGGUUCUUCCUCGAUUUGAGUACAACACGAAGGAGAAAGGACUCAGUGGGUGCUCAGGAUGUUCCUCACAUAAACACAGAGACGAUGUUUGAGGCGAUGAGACGGAUCGGUCCGAACUGAGAAACCAGAAGAAGACGGAGCAGGGGGAGAAAUGUACUUUAUUUUAUGUUUAUUCUCUGUUUUUACUAAAAUCCUCCCACUGUCUGUACUUACAAAAACAAUUCUUUAGAGAAGUCACCAGAAGAUACUUUGUAAUAGUUUGUUUCUCUUUUAAAGUCUUUAUUUGUGAUUUUUCACACUUAAAUAUAAUAUAAAUCAAGUAUAUCCUCUGAAAAUAACUCUGUGAGUCAUGACUGUCUACAAUGGGUGUAACACUCGAGUCCCACUGUCUGUGAUGUUUUCAGAGUUUUCAGAGUCCUAUCUUCAGUUUGUUUACAUCGCCCGGACGGCCGGCUGACUCCUCCCCUCGUGUAUAAAAGUUGUUUAAUUGAGGGACUAGAGAAAAGAAGAAUAACAUACUGUACUCACUGCUUAACUGUGUUUCUAGAUCACGCUCAUUUCAGGUAAAUUUACAUGCAGUGUGAAGAUACGAGCGUAAUAAAGAUCGCUAGCAUUAGCAUGCUAACACAACAAUGCACCGCGAGUUGUUUUGGUUUCAUGCUGGUGCUCAAAGGCGACAUCUGCUGGAUCAAAAAUUUGCAUAUAAAGCCUUUAAAGGACUUUUUUUUAGACUUUAAAUUUAAAUAUUGUGUUUUUAAAUCCAAACUUCUGUCCAAAAC